GUGAGAGAUUCUGCGGGUUACUAGAGACGCUCCGGCGCGCCGCGGCUCCGCGCUUUCUUAUAAUAACGGCAGCGAUCGCGUCAGAAACCCGAGGAUUUAACGACGACGCACUGAGGCCGCGACACGCGUCUGACAAACGGAAACAUCUGCAAUGUCAUUUAUAUUCGACUGGAUCUACAGAGGCUUCAGUGGAGUGCUGCAGUUUUUAGGUUUGUAUAAGAAGUCUGGAAAGCUGGUUUUUCUUGGGCUGGAUAAUGCCGGGAAGACGACUCUACUGCACAUGCUCAAAGACGACAGACUAGGACAGCAUGUGCCCACAUUACACCCCACGUCAGAGGAGCUGACCAUCGCAGGAAUGACAUUCACUACAUUUGAUCUGGGUGGACACGUACAAGCACGGAGAGUGUGGAAGAACUACCUUCCUGCGGUCAACGGCGUGGUUUUCCUCGUGGAUUGUGCCGAUCACGAGCGUCUCGCAGAAUCAAAAGUGGAGCUGGACGCUUUGCUGUCAGACGAGACGAUUUCCAGCGUGCCCGUGCUGGUUUUAGGAAAUAAGAUCGACCGUCCAGAGGCCGUGAGCGAGAUGAGACUGCGAGAGGUGUUUGCUCUGGACGGACAGACCACUGGGAAGGGCAGCGUGUCUCUGAAGGAGCUGAACGUGCGGCCGCUGGAGGUCUUCAUGUGCAGCGUCUUGAAGAAGCAGGGUUACGGCGAAGGUUUCCGGUGGCUCUCGCAGUACAUCGACUGAUUGCGUUCGUUCUGGCCUGAUUUUAGUUGUGCUCUGUGAUUGUCAGCAAUAAGUAUGGAAGCCCGUUUCUGACACAGAAUUUAAGAAAUAAGGUAACUGUGACUUUAUCUCACAAUUCAGACUUUUUUGUCGCAAAUUACAGAAAAAUGUCAAAAUUGUAAGAUUUAAAUUCAGAUCUGAUGACAAAGAAAGUCAUAAUUUUGUUUAUAUUUCGCAAUUUUGACUUUUUCUUGCAAUUUUAAGAAAAGAACCAAGAAAAAAGUAUGAAUUGUGAGAUCUCGAAAAAAAAAAUUUUUCCCCUUUUUUCAUAAGUCAGAAUUGCAAAAAAAUAAUAAUAAUCUGAAUUAUCAAAUAUAAACUCAAAUAUAAAAAGAAAAGAGUCAAAAUUGUGAGAUAUAAAUUCAGAACCAGCAAGAAAGAAAGUCUUUUUAUAUCUCGCAUUUUUUACUUUUUCCUCACAAAAAUUAAUUUACAACUUACAAUUGUUUUUUUUUUUCGUAUAAUUUUUCUUUGCAAUUUGCAGUUUUAAGAAAAAAACUCUAGAAUUGUGAGAGAGCCAUAAUUCUUGAAUUUUGACUUUUUUUUCUGAAUUGCAAGAAAAAAGUAUGAAUUGUGAGAUCUUGCAGUUCUCACAAUUUUUUUUCACUAUGGAAUAAAAAAAUAAAAAAGAUAAUUGCAUCUUUAUCUCACACUUCUGAUUUUUUUCUCAAAUUUGUAAUUCUAAUAAGAAAAAAAAAGUCAGAAUUGUGAGUUUCUGAAGUUUCAAUUUUGACUGAAUUCUGAGUUUUUUCUCAGAAUUACAAGGAAAAAGUAUGAUUUAUGUGAUCUUCCAAUUCUUUUUUUUUGUUUCUGCCACAGAAAAUGGUAAUUGCAACUUUCCACAUCAGUUUUCAUAUCUUGCAAAUCUGACUUUUCAGAAGUGACUUUGUACAGUUUCUCACAAUUCAGACUUUUUUCUUGCAAAUUAAAGAAAAAAAGUCAAAAUUGUGAGAUAUGAAUUCAGAACCAAUGAGAAGGAAAGUCAUAAUUCUGUUUAUAUCUCACAAUUUUGACUUUUUUUCUUGCAAUUCUAAGAAAAAAACUCAAGAAUUGCGAGAAAGUCAUAAUUCUGAGUUUCUGAAGAUGCAAUUUUGACUUUUUUCUCUGAAUUGUGAGAAAAAAGUAUGAAUUGCGAGAUCUCGCAGUUGUUGUUUUUUUCACCAUGGAAUAAAAAUGUAAAAAAAUCAUUGAUGUGAUCAGAUUUUUUCUCACAAUUUAUAAUUUUUAUAGUUUUUUUUUUUUUUUUUUUUUGAGA